CGCCAUGAAAGUCAUGGUUUUACCAUCCUCUCGUCGUUCCUCCGAAUCCUGUUUCAAUUAUUAUUAUCAAUACAAAUUUUAUCGUACUGACUUUAAUAACAUUAGCAACGACUCUACACAACAAAAUUCUUGACCGUUGGCACACUUUCGGGCCUCGUCAUCAUCCUCGGUGCGGAUUUCAUUUGAAUACAUUUAAAAACAGCGUGAAUCAGGAUUAAUAUAGUGCUGCAGCAACACAAAGGAGCGAUAUGUACACAAAAAAUAAAUUGUGAAGUGAAAAUAAUAUUUUUUGUUUGUUCCGAAUGACCUACAUCUGAAUUUUUAAUUCAUCAGAAAAAAAAAAUAUUGUAAAUCUCAUAUCGGAUUUUUAAUGUGUGUACAGAGCAAAAAUUAAAAAAAAGUGAAACAAGAGGAAAUAAAUUUUAAUUUAAUUAAUUAUUGAAUAAGAAUAAUUUAAAUUCGGUUUCGCACAAAAGUGAUACAAAAAUGAAACAAAAUACGAGCAACAGCAUCAAAAAUGUAACAACACUUUUAUUCAUAAUAACGCUCAUUAGCACAAUCAGUUGCGCCAGUUUUUGUGAUUAUUGUCAGUGCUAUAAUGAAGUAACGACAGAUGAUAACAAACACGACGAGGAAGUAUUUCGCAUCGUGAACUGCAACGGGAAUGAGCUCGUCAAACGUGCGGCGGACGAUAUGACGACGGCAUACAAAAUGCAAAUGUUGGAAUGGCCCGCAAGUGCAACGCAUGGCAUCAUUGGGCGUUUUAAUCAUUUGAACUUGACGGUAUUGCCGAGACUGGAAAAUGCUGCAAGCAACAAAGUGAUUGUACUUAACUUUGAUAACAAUGCCAUUCAAACGAUUGGAUCCAAGCCAUUUCAGUACUUUGAAAACUUGCGUGAAAUAUCAAUGCGGAGCAAUUUCAUAAGUGAUUUACCGAAAGAUUUUCUGUAUGGCUUACGUCAACUGGAUCGUUUGUCGCUGUCAAACAAUUCAAUCACGGAAAUUAGUAAUGGAUUCUUACCGGAAACGCUCACUUUAAAAUCAAUUGAUCUCAGUCACAACUUGUUGACGACUCUUUCCUCUAAUUUUGCGAAAAAUUUCCGAUCUGUACGCGAAAUUGAUCUUUCCUUCAACAGAAUUUACGUCAUCAACUCGUUUUUGGCGGGAACCAAAUGUCAGGUUAUGAAUUUGGCGGGAAAUCAGUUGAAAGUGUUGGGAGAUUCAACUUUUGCUGACUUUGUCGAGUUACGGGAAUUGGAUUUGUCUCGAAAUGCCAUCGUUGAAGUCGAAAAAGGAACUUUCGAGAAAUUGGAGCAUCUGAAAAAACUAAAUAUUGAAGGAAACGAGUUACAAGGAAUUAUUUUGAGGUUACCUUCGAGUCUGGAAGAACUUCGAAUGGGCAAUAAUUCGUUACGUUUAUGGCCAAUGGAGGAAACUCCCAAAAAUUUGACGUAUUUGGAUGUUCAUGGCAAUGAAUUGAACGAAAUUUUUGUCGGGCACGAGUUAAUUCCUAACCUAAAAACACUAAAUAUCUCGAGAAACGUCAUUGAUGCAUUUCCUUACAUCAAUUUCACGCACUUAUCGAUUCUGGAUUUGUCAGGCAACUCCUUCACUGAAGUACCGAAACACUUGCCAUUGUACGUGCCAUUGUUGGAACAACUAAUAAUGGAUAAUAAUCCGUUGUCGUCGCUUAAGCUGAGCGAGAAAAUGCGUCUCAGCAAAUUAUCCUUUAGAAAUAUGCCGUUUAUCGAGUCGAUAGAUGCUUUGACGUUCAGUAACGUUGAGGGUGCAAAAGUACGACACGAUGGAUCGUCAACCUGUGUAGACAUCUAUGUGUCGCAUUGUGAUAAACUAGAGAGCGUCUCCGAUGAUGCUUUUCUUGGAGUACAUUUGUGUUACUUAGAUUUGAGUUACAAUCAAAUCCGAAAACUGCCAAAUAACUUAACAGAAUGGCAUCGUUUGGAAGAUGGCAUCAACUUACAGGGCAAUCCCUUGCAUUGUGAUUGCGAGUCUCAAUGGAUGCUCGACGACAUUUUAAAUCAUCUUUACGCACACACAAAACACCAACAUCUCCUAAGUGACUUGAGAUGUCACGACCCAAACUUCAAAAAUCAACGUCUCGUUCGUUUUUACAACCGUUUGAACGCUUUUUGUGAUCCCCCGAGUUCAUCUGAAGGGAAAUUUGCGAAAUAUCUGAUGGCAAGCGACUCUGAUGAGCCUCAAGUGCAAGCUGCUGGCGUUAUUUCAGGUCAAAGAAUGCCAACUUACAUCAUCAUCAUCAUUGGAUGCUUCACAGUUUUGCUCUUGAUCAUCAUUUCUGGCGUUUAUUUGACGCGAAUACAGGAGAAAAAGUUAGCGGCGAAGAAUAGACGUUAUUUCGCUUAUUAAAAAAAAUUAAUUAUAAAAGUAGUUGCCAUAAAUAGUAUUUUGUUGUAGUUUUAAGGAUUUUAUCAGCUUUAAGACCCCGAAAAAAAGUCAGUAGUGAGACCAAAAAAUUAAUAAAAAAUUGUUAAGAGCUCUUUUUCUUGUUUUAAACUCUAAUUUCGGUCUUUG